AAGUUGGUUUAUUUGAGAUCAUGAUAGGAGGAGAAGGAAGAAGAGGUUAUGUCGUUAUUGGGAAUUGGACGGGAGCCCUAACCGUCGUCGGUUAUUUUCGGUUAUCAUUUCUAUUUCUUCAAAAGCCUCUUGUUGAUAGAAGCUGUCCAGCCAUUACGUGUAUAAACCGUUGUGGUAGUCGUCCGAGAAUAUUUCGAAAUAUAUUAUCUUCUUUGGGGUGCCGACGAAAUCCUUUGAGAGGAAAAGCACAGCAGUCGUUUAUUCAAAGGACUAUACGCAAUCCAAUAGCUGCCAUUCAGUCUGAUAUGACAACCAGGGAACUGCUGGCCAAUCGUGUAACCCAAGCACUUACCAACUUAUUUCCCGACGAAAAUAAUUGGGAACCACAACUCACUGCAGCUACACGUCCUGAAUUUGGAGAUUACCAAUCAAACGCAGCUUUGUCUUUGGCUAAGAAAAGAAAGAUGAAUCCCCUUCAAGUUGCUGAACAAAUUGCCCAGCAUACUCAAAUGAACGACAUUUGUGAACAGCCUCAAGUAGCACCACCAGGAUUCGUCAACUUUACUUUGAAGAAACAAUAUGUUGCUAUUCAACUGCAAAAAAUGCUGGCAGACCCGCAACGUCUCGGUAUAUCACCCAGAGAAAGAAAGGAACGUGUAUUGGUUGACUUUUCUAGUCCCAAUAUUGCCAAAGAAAUGCACGUGGGACACUUGAGAUCCACCAUUAUAGGCGACUGUCUAUGUCGAGUAUUGGAAUUCUUAGGUCACCAAGUGUUAAGAAUCAAUCAUGUGGGGGACUGGGGAACACAAUUUGGAAUGUUGAUUGCAUACUUGAAAGAAAUGAAACCAGAUGCUUUGAUGGAAACAAGUUCUACGAGUUUAGGUGACUUGGUAGAGUUUUACAAAGCAGCUAAAAGAAGAUUCGACGAGGAUAGUGUAUUCCAAGAAACUGCAAGAAAGGAAGUUGUAGCUUUACAAGCAGGUGAUGAAAACUCUAUUCAUGCCUGGUCAUUUUUGUGUGAGCAAAGUCGAAAGGAGUUUCAGCAAAUUUAUGACAUGUUGGAUGUGAAAUUAACGGAAAGAGGAGAAUCCUUUUAUAAUGAAUGGCUUGGAAUAGUAUGCAAAGAACUGGAAGAUACGGGAGUGGCAGUGAGGGAUGAAGGAGCUUUGUGUAUCUUUGUUGGAGGACAUACUGGUAGGCAAGGAAAGAUUCAGCCGUUGAUAGUUCGAAAGAGCGAUGGUGGUUUCAACUAUGCAACUACAGAUAUGGCUGCAAUACGUUAUCGUGUAAAGGAAGACAAGGCAGACCGUAUUUUAUAUAUAACGGAUGCGGGUCAAUCGCUGCACUUUUCACAAGUAUUUGAAGCAGCCAAAAAGAUAGGAUAUGCCAAACUAGAGACGAAGCUUGAGCAUGUUCCUUUUGGUUUGGUACAAAGUGAGGGAGGAAAAAAGUUCAAAACUAGAGAAGGUGAGACAGUCAAAUUAAAAGACCUUUUGCAAGAAGCGGUUCGUAGAGCAGAAGAGGAUUUCAGAAAACGUUUACAAGCUGAAGGAAGAGAAGAAAGUGAAGAGUAUAUAAAGAGAGUAGCACAUGUCAUUGGUAUUGGAGCAAUCAAGUAUGCAGAUUUGAAGAACAAUAGAACUUCCAAUUAUCAGUUUUCAUAUACCAAAAUGUUAUCCCUUCAAGGUAAUACUGCACCUUAUAUGUUGUAUGCCUUUGCAAGGAUACAAGGAAUCUAUCGCAAGGGAGAUUUAGACCUGAGUGAUGGACAGUCAGAAAGUAUACAAUUCAUUUUGGAUGAUCCUACCGAAUUGUCUCUUGCUAAAAUGUUGCUUCAGUUGGAAGAAAUGUUGUAUUUACUAGAAAGGGAUCUGAAGCCUAAUAUCCUCUGCGAUUAUAUGUUUGAACUAAGUCAACGCUUCAACCAAUUUUAUGAAACUUGUCCUGUUCUAAAGGCAGAAUCUUUACAAAGAAAAACCUCACGUUUGGCUUUGUGCAAAUUGACGGCAAACACUCUCCAGCUUUGUUUACAUUUGCUUGGAAUCCCUACUCUAGAAAGAAUAUAAACAAAAUAAAUAUAUGAAUCAAGCA